AUAAGGCGACAGUUCAUUUCAUCGUACUGGAUUGUACAUGAUGAUUAUCUGCGCAUAACAACAGCACCGGAACUAGAAAAUGGAGCAGAAUAAUACAGACCACCGACAGGCCUCGAGCCUACAGUCCGAACCCCGAAAGCACCCACACAAGUCCGUUCGUGUUGCUUUUGGCCCUGACCUCGAAACUCACAUUCCACCCCGCGACAUCUCCCCCGCGCCCGUUGCUGGACACCACCGAUCCUUCACCACCGUGGAGGCCAAACCGCCGCCUGUGAUCACACCGGAAAGACCGACGAGCUCGUCCGCCGGCGAGAACUCAGUUAUCUUCGAUGUCAAUCCGCGACUGACUAUGGAUCGUCCCGCCGAGUCCGCGCGCCCGACCGCGGCCCUGAAGAGAGCCAGGAGCGAUUAUGGACCUCGAGUGGGAUUUGAAAAAGCUAUCAAUGGUGACGAAGAAGAAGAUAUCGCUAUGCGCCAUGGCUGGCAGGAGGAAUACACUUCAAGCGAGUACUUGAAAGUCCUGCAUUCGAAUUUCUACAUGUAUUUCACAGAAAAGCGCCAUGAGACGAAUGGAAUCCCACGCGACCCUGUCGGAAGCUGGCCGAGUCAAGACUGGCGCAUGAAGGACCGUCUCAAGACAGUUUCUGCCGCCCUUGCCAUCUGCUUGAACAUUGGCGUUGACCCCCCGGAUGUCGUGAAGACCAACCCUGCGGCAAAGCUGGAGUGUUGGGUUGACCCAACCUCUACCACAUCACCUGGUGGCUCCAACAAGAUCAUGGAGCAGAUCGGAAAGAAACUACAAGAACAAUAUGAGACGCUAAGCUUGAGAACUAGGUACAAGCAGUAUCUUGACCCUUCAGUCGAUGAGACCAAGAAGUUCUGCAUAUCAUUGCGUCGUAAUGCCAAAGACGAGAGAGUUCUCUUUCACUACAACGGUCAUGGUGUUCCUCUUCCUACCCAGUCAGGCGAGAUUUGGGUAUUCAACAAGAACUAUACCCAGUACAUCCCAGUCUCACUGUACGAUUUACAGUCAUGGCUCGCAGGUCCGAGUCUAUUCGUCUUCGAUGUUUCACAUGCUGGGAAUAUCGUUUCCAACUUCCACACUUUCGUUGAGAAGCAUGAGAAGGAAAAUUUCGAGGCGAGAAAGAGGGAUCCGAAUGCUAUCGUACAGAAUUACGGAGAUUGUAUCAUUCUUGCAGCGUGUCAGAAGGCUGAAUCGCUGCCUACGAAUCCAGAUCUUCCUGCGGAUCUCUUCACCUGUUGUCUUACUACACCAAUUGAGAUCGCGCUGCGCUUCUUCAUACUUCAGAACCCGCUUCAAACCAAUAUCUCCGUUGACGAAUUCAGGGUGCCUGGUCGCCUACAGGACCGUCGCAGCCCGUUGGGAGAGUUAAAUUGGAUUUUCACUGCGAUCACGGAUACGAUAGCUUGGAACACCUUGCCGCGAGCCCUCUUCAAGAAACUUUUCCGUCAAGAUUUGAUGGUGGCUGCCCUGUUCAGGAACUUUUUGCUGGCCGAGCGGGUAAUGCGCACCUACAAAUGCCAUCCUAUUUCAUCGCCUGAAUUACCGGAGACUCAUCAUCAUCCCCUGUGGAAGAGCUGGGACCUGGCUGUCGAAAUGGUUUUGUCGCAGCUUCCCGCCCUAAUUGACCAUGAAGAGGGUCGCAGGCAAUAUGAAUACCAGCAUUCGACGUUCUUCGCGGAGCAGCUUACUGCAUUCGAGGUUUAUCUGUCGUCUAGCCCCACAGAGAAGAACCCACCGGAUCAGCUCCCAAUUGUCUUGCAGGUCCUGUUGAGUCAGGCACACAGAUUGCGAGCUCUGAUUCUGUUGAGUAAAUUCCUAGAUCUCGGUCCUUGGGCGGUUCACCUGGCUCUGAGCAUUGGUAUCUUUCCUUACGUCGUUAAACUGUUGCAGUCUGCAGCCCAAGAACUCAAACCAGUCAUGGUAUUCAUUUGGGCCAGAAUCAUGGCAGUUGACCACACUGUUCAGAAUGACCUAUUGAAGGACAAUGGGAUCCAUUACUUCAUCUCCAUCCUCAAUCCAUCUUCCCCAAUCCCUGUGGGCAACGCUAGUGAACAUCGGGCUAUGUGCGCAUUUAUUGUCUCAAUCUUCUGCAAAAAUUACCCUCAAGGUCAAAACGUGUGCCUCUCUGCCGAACUUUUUGACUCUUGUCUCAAGCACUUUAUGGAUGUGGAGAAUCCGCUGUUGCGGCAGUGGUCGUGUCUCUGUAUCAGCAUGCUGUGGUCCGACUUCCCAGAAGCGAAAUGGAUGGGUAUUCGAUGUGCCGCUCCUGCCCGGCUCUGUGAACUCAAUUUCGAUCCUGUGCCUGAAGUGCGAGCUGCCAUGUUGCAUGCGGUCACCACCUUCCUGGGUAUCCCGGACUUAACCGACCAGGUAGCCCAGAUUGAGGAAACCUUGGCCAUGGCAGUAUUGCCCAUGUCAUCUGACGGCAGUGUACUCGUGAGAAAAGAACUCUUAGUCUUCUUCUCGGCUUUCGUCAAACGCUAUCAGAACAAGUUCUUGAUUGCCGCAUACGAGGAGUUUCAAGACGAGAAGCAGAACUUACUCUCGAAGCUGAAACAUGCAGGAUCUCGAGUCCCUACUCAAAAGGAAGUAUCAGAUGUUCCCGCAGUCUCGAGUCGAAAGUCGCAUAGCCUCUCACGAAAUACCACCUUUGGAACCAUCUGGAAGCAACUACUAAUUCUCUCUGUUGACCCCCACCCUGACAUCGCGCAGGACGCAGGCAUGAUCGUUGACUUCAUUCACAUCUGCCUCUUGGAUUCGCCGAUGGCUUCAUUGACUAACCAGAUUCGAGACGAAAUCCUGGACCUUUCUAAUCGGGUAUCUCAGAAAUUGCAGGUCGAGAAGCCGGAAUCAACGAAAACCGCGCCUCCGCCGACACCACCCGCUGUCGCCCCUCCCAAACAGGAAGGCUACCUUUCACUAAGUAUCAAACGAACUGCGAGUGUGGCGGCCUCGCUCAAAAACCUGGCCUUCGGAGGUUCUAAUGCGUCUGACUCUCAACCGCCCCAAUCGCCUCAAUCUCUCACCGCGCCCAAAAGCCGGAUGCCUAUGACCCCAAGAGGACGAGCCCCACCCGAAUGGACACGACCCCCGGAAGUUAAUGACCAAGUUGCUCCUGCAACAGCCUAUAAUCAAGCUCCUACCCCUACAUCGCGAGGAUUCGAGCCCCGGGAAUCCGUUGCGGUCCCAUCCAUUCCCUUGAUGAGUAGAUUCCUGGACUGGUCCACAGAGUAUUUCCGGGAACCCCAGAUGAAACCCAAUGAACCCGACGAGCCCGGUAGUGCCGAUUACAACGAACGCCUCUGGAGACGAAGCCGUAAUGAGAAGAUCAUCUCUGAGACCCAGCCUCUCAAGGGCAAAGCAGGCAGCAGCCGAUGGGAUAACUCGUUGUCUCUUCUUUCUAACAGCAGUCAGCCUCUGAAGAUGUGCUUCCAUCAAUUCGAGGAUCACAUUGCAGUUGCAGAUGACAAGGAUACGAUCGCAAUUUGGGAUUGGCAGAGACAUAAGCGUCUCAAUCGCUUCUCGAAUGGUAACCCGGCUGGCUCCAAAAUCAAUGAAGUCCGAUAUAUCAACGAGGAUGACCAAGCUCUGCUGAUGACGGGGUCAUCUGAUGGUGUUCUGAAAGUUUUCAGAAACUACGAGUCGGCGCAUGAUGUGGAAAUUGUGACCGCUUUUAGAGCCCUACCUGAACUCAUUCCCAGCAACCGCAAUGCUGGACUUGUUCUGGACUGGCAGCAAGGCCAGGGUAAGGCAUUAGUUGCAGGUGACGUGAAGGUCAUCCGGGUGUGGAAUGCGGCUACCGAAGUCUGCACGAAUGACAUUCCUGCUCGUUCGGGCUCUUGUAUCACAUCCUUGACAUCCGAUCAAGUAGCAGGAAACAUCUUUGUGGCAGGAUUCGGUGACGGCGCAGUUCGGGUGUUUGACCAGCGUCUCAAGCCCACAACGUCUAUGGUCAAGGUCUGGCGCGAGCACAAGCAAUGGAUCACCAAUGUUCACAUGCAGCGCGGCGGCCUGAGGGAGCUUGUGUCCGGGAGUCGCAACGGCGAAAUCAAGCUUUGGGAUCUACGUAUGGACAUGCCCAUCUCCACGUUCUCCGCCACAAACGACACACUGCGUACACUAAGUGUCCACGAGCAUGCUCCAGUCUUCAUGGUAGGCACAAACCGUCACGAAGUGAAAACCUUCAACGUCGAUGGAACCUAUCUCUCCACCUUCGAGCCCUACUCGAGCUUCCUCCAUCACAACCGCUCCUCCCCGAUCGCCAGCACCGCAUUCCACCCGCAUCGGACCGUUCUGGCCUGUGCGGCACUAAAUGACCACCAUAUCAAUUUGGUGACAUGCUAGAAGUCCACAGAGUAUCCAGCCACACUUUUCUACCACUGGAGCUACAGGAGACCACCCAUCCUACCCACCUGAACUGAACGCACCGUGAACGAAACAGCACCUCACUCCCUCCAACCGACUGUCCUCUAUUAGCGCAACCCUCUCACAGACACACCACCGGCGCCAAGGUUCCAUCGAUAUUCCCCAAUUCCAGAAUCCAUUUCCGUUCCAUCCUA